AUGAAUAGCAAUCAACAGACACCCUACCGUCAAGACGGUGGAGGCUAGUACGAGGAAGGCGAGGUCUCCUCAGUUGGAUACGAAUUCGAUUACGCUCUAGAUGAGGGAAAUGAGAGCCAAAUCGCCCAGAGAUAACCCACUCCGAGAGUGAGUGGAUUCGACUUGCCCUAGACUGAUAGGGCCAGGUAGGCAAUGAAUGCCUAGAUGUAGAAUGAAUUCGAAUAAAUCAAUAAUCAGUUGCAGCAACAAACCCUCGAGUAGCAGCAAUAUGCUGCUCAAAAUCAUGCAAUUGAAGAGCGUAAGACUCCUGAUGCCAAUCACAUCGGCAAUGAAGACUCAGACUAUGAAUAUGGUCCUGGAACUCGUGACAAGGAUUAAAUGGAGCAAGUGUCAAUUCCUGCCCACUUGAUGAACAACCAAGGCUCUAACUAGCAGUCGAAUGACAAGUUCAUGCAGCAGCAUAUGUACGGGUAAGACCCCAUGGAUUUAAAUCGUAAGAGAGCUCGAGAGUCGAUUGAAACUUACGCCGACUCUCAAUACCAGUCUUACUAAGAAUACUAGAGACCCUAGAGUAGAUAGAACCAAGAGAGAGCUUAGUAAGAAGUCGAGAAGGACUCGAACAUCUUGGAGCAGAAGAAGAACUCUGAUGGGGUGGUGGUUAACACUGUGAGAACCAGUGCUUUAGCAUCCAUCAUGAAAUCCAAGAAAGAGAUCUACUCGAUUCUUGUGAAUCAAGGUAUGAUUGCUUCAGUAACGAAAUCGUUUUAGGCCAGUACUACUUACCCCCCUAUGCCGAUUGUGUUCCUCACCCAUGAAAUCUGCAUGGUAAAUGUUCCCAAGAUGUCUGAAUUAUCAGCAAAGUCCAUCACUAAAGAUGCUUACAGUGACAGAGGUAUUGAGUUGUACCUGCCAGAUCUUAAAGAUGGUAGACCUCUAAAUCGACAAUUCUUCUUCAACAUAAUCAACACUGUGAAGCCAAAGUUCUUCGAACAUAACAUCAAGAUGGGAUUAAAGUUGAGACAAGAUGAGGCUGCUAGAAAGAACAAGAGAUUUAUUGAAAUCAAGGCCGACAUGUACCAGCUCAUCAAAGGAGCCAUCAACCUCAACCCGAGCUCGAGAGGCAGAGCCUUGAACCUACUUAAUGUAGGAAGUAAGAAGAGAAGUCUCCCUGAUAGAGAUAAUGUGAUUGAACACAGAGACAAAGGUCUCUCUCACUUCUCUUAUGCUGAUGUUACAGGUUUCAAUCCUACACCCACCACCACCAAGAGGUUCAAAGGCAAUGACUAUCCUAGAGCUGACGAGCAGUACAUCUCUCUUAGAUCCAAAGAGACCAGGUACUCAGGCUCUGCCUAGACUUAAGGUAGUUAAAACCAGCCUUAGUACCAGGCACCCAGAAGACAAGAUGACAAACACGAAUGA